AUGCCCAUUCAACACCACUUUACACGUGUUGAAACGAUUGCUCUUCCCUCGGACAUUGGAGUACCUCCAACUAUCGGAUGGAACUGGGCGACUGGAGUUGCACAAAGUCUUUUCAUUAAGAAAGGAGAAGAAAAUAAUUCUCUUGAUAUAAAGAUGACAACCUCUCCGAUGGGUGAUUAUUGGAGAAAAACUCAUUACGGUUUUAUUCAUGAUGAUGGAAACUUUUUAUAUUUAAAUCGUGAGGAUUUCAAGACCAAUCAUAAUUUUGAAAUUCAAGUAAAAUUUAAAGGAGAUUAUCAAAAAUUAUAUGAUCAAGCCGGUAUUAUGCUACGAGUCAAUGAAAAACAAUGGAUCAAGACUGGCAUUGAGUUUGUCAAUAAUGUAAAAUAUGCAAGUGCUGUUGUUACAAGAGAGUUCAGUGACUGGUCAACUAGUCCAGUAAAUUUUGAUAGCGACUCAUCAUGGUUUACUAUUCGUGUGGAGUUAGUGAAAGGAGAUGUUAGAGUUGAAUAUAGCCUUGAUGACGGAGAAACUUUUCAUUUGCUUAGAAUUGCUCAUCUUUUUGACAAGAGUUCAGAAAGUGAAAACGACAUUUUGCAAUUAGGAAUUUUUGCUUGCUCUCCCACGAAUGAAAAUGGUUUAUCAGUUGAAUUUAAGGGCUUGUUAAUUAAGAAAUUAACAUUGUAA